GGGUUGGGGGGUCUGCUAGCUAGCUGGUUGGCUGGCUAGCUAGCUAGGAUAUUUAUUUUUAAUCGUCCUGUUUUUUUUCUUUUUUUCUUCUUGCUUUUCUUGCCCAUUUAGUUCACCGAUGUGAAUGACCCGGUUUUUUAAGUACAAUAAUUUUUAGGCUGUUUUAAUUAGUGUACCGAACUAUAAUGGAUCCGCGAGUGUCAGAGAUGUUUGGUACCAGUUCCGGAUUGAAGUCAAGCUCGCAAGGACUGGGAUCCGGUUCGAGCAACGGGUUCGGGAUGGUAUCCAAAAAAUCAUGUGCGAAGAACGGCAAAAAAGUAAAGAAUCGAUCGACCAGAAACACAAAACCCAGCAACAACCCGCCGUACCUGCCCCCGGAGGCUGAGGAAGGAAACAUAGAAUACAAGCUGAAGCUGGUGAACCCCACACAGUAUCGAUUUGAGCACCUAGCAACACAGAUGAAGUGGCGACUUCAGGAGGGGCGGGGCGAAGCAGUGUACCAGAUCGGUGUGGAAGACAACGGGCUGCUUGUAGGGCUGUCAGAGGAGGACAUGAAGGCCUCGCUGAAGACUCUACGCAGAAUGGCAGAGAAGGUUGGAGCAGACAUUACAGUUCUCCGAGAGCGAGAGGUAGACUAUGACUCGGACACACCCCGGAAAAUUGCAGAGGUGCUCGUCAGGAAGGUGCCAGAUGAUCAGCAGUUCCUGGACCUGAGGGUAGCGGUGCUGGGCAAUGUGGAUUCUGGGAAGUCCACCCUGCUUGGUGUCCUGACGCAAGGCGAAUUGGACAAUGGCCGGGGGCGGGCACGCCUAAACCUCUUCAGACACCUCCAUGAGAUCCAGUCUGGCAGGACAUCCAGCAUCAGCUUUGAGAUCCUGGGCUUCAACAGCAAAGGAGAGGUAGUAAACUAUAGUGAGUCUCGUACAGCAGAGGAAAUCUGUGAGAGCGCCUCAAAAAUGAUCACCUUCAUUGACCUGGCUGGGCACCAUAAGUACCUGAAGACCACCAUCUUUGGCCUGACCAGCUACUGCCCAGACUUUGCCAUGCUGGUUGUGGGUGCCAACACAGGCAUUGCGGGCACGACGCGGGAGCACCUGGGCCUGGCGAUGGCGCUGAAGGUGCCCAUCUUCAUCGUGGUGAGCAAGGUGGACCUGUGCACGCGGGGCACGGUGGAGCGCACCGUGCGGCAGCUGGAGCGCAUCCUCAAGCAGCCCGGCUGCAACAAGGUGCCCAUGGUGGUGUCCACCGCCGACGACGCCGUCACCGCCGCCCAGCAGUUCGCCCAGUCCCCCAGCAUUACACCUAUCUUCACCCUGUCCAGUGUGUCAGGAGAGAGUCUGGACCUGCUCAAGGUCUUCUUCAACAUCCUGCCCCCCCUUAGCAACAGCAAAGAGCAGGAGGAGCUUAUGCAGCAACUCACAGAGUUCCAGGUGGAUGAGAUCUACACAGUGCCAGACGUGGGGACGGUGGUAGGAGGAACGCUCUACAGUGGGAUUUGCCGGGAGGGGGAGCAGCUGGUGGUGGGACCCACAGACGAGGGCGCCUUCCUGAAGCUGAAGGUUUGGAGCAUGCAGAGGAACCGCUCGGCCUGCAGGGUGCUGAGAGCCGGCCAGGCUGCCACGCUGGCGCUGGGAGACUUCGACCGCUCGCUGCUCCGCAAGGGUAUGGUGAUGGUGAGCCCGGAGAUGAACCCCACCAUCUGCUGGCUGUUUGAGGCCGAGAUCGUCCUGCUUUUCCACGCCAAGACCUUCCACAAGGGCUUCCAGGUGACGGUGCACGUGGGGAACGUGAGGCAGACCGCCACCGUGCAGCAUCUACAGGGGAAGGAGGAGCUACGCACGGGGGAGAAAGCAGUGGUACGCUUCAAGUUCAUCAAGCACCCAGAGUACCUGAAGGUGGGUGCCAAGCUUCUCUUCCGAGAGGGCGUGACCAAGGGCAUUGGCCAUGUCACCUACGUGCAGCCGGUCUCCCUGUACCAGCAGGACUCCUAGAGUGGGGCGGGAUACAGCCGAGCAGGAGACAGCAGCUGGGAUCAAUACCAUCAUCCGUUGCGUCCCUCUCUCUUCCAAAAGCCUUUUUUUAUUCUGACCCCGGUUUGAUUUUCACUCACCUUCUCUUCAUGUUUGACUUUUUUUUCCAAAGAUCUGCCUCACCAUUUUUUUACCGAAUUCCAUUUCCGACUGCUUUGGGGUGUAGAUUUUAGAUUGCUUACAUCUCUCAUUUUUUAUGUGUAGGUCUUAAUUAGGGAGGGGAUUGGAAUAGUCACCUGACACCUGGUUGGCUUGUUCUCACGUAACAGGUGUGCCGGUGAGGUCGUUUGGAAGGCAUUCGCCAGGUCAGUCAUUAAUGCAGUUUUUUAACCCUGUUCCUGGGGGGCCACUGUGUGCAAGCUGGCUUUGUUAGCACAAGCACACCUCCAGCUGCAUGUUUCAUUCCUCUACUGCCAAAAAAGGAAGAAUCCAGGUCCAGUACUCAGUUGCAGCUGUCAGUUCUAAUUAGCUGAGAUCAGUUGGAAUAAAAAGCAGCAGACACAUCGUGCCCCCAGGACCAGAUUUGAGAGACUUACCAUUGAUGGCCUCCAGAGUUUGCACGUCAGAUCUCUCUCAUAUCUCUGGAUUGUGUUACAUACUGUAAAGGGUACAGAUAAGCAGCCACCUGGCCAGACAGAUCUUUAUUCUCAAGGCAGGUAGAGGGCCGAUGCACAGAGUUUACACUUAAAACACCUACAUCUUGCGACAUGAAACGGCACUGAACCACUCGAGAAAGCAGCUUGAUAACGAGGGUUGCCAGCACCCGGCAGUUUGAAAUGUUUACAAUACCAAAAACAGCAACACUGGCUGUAGAGGGUGCGUUUUGGAGACUUUACCCACGGCAGCUACCAGGAACGCUCUGAGGUGACGGUGAUGGGCAGAAGUUCUUCCAGAGUCAGAACACCAGCACAUCUCCCCUUCGCUCCUCACGGGAUUUUCUGUGUUUUAGACAGAAAAUGGAAGAACAGACCACCAGGAGGGACAGCCAAUAUACAGAAAGAAUUUCCCUCAAAGGUCAAAGGGCAUUUAUUUCCUAAUAACCAGGAAGCUUGUGUGUUAAAGGUAGUUCCUUCCAGCGAUUAUCAUGUUCUGUGGAUUAGUGGGCCUUGUCUCUUGAAGUCUAUAUCAAAGCAGACUAGCCCCUAGAGAAACAAACUCACCCUUCUCAGCAUCCCAAUAUUUGUAUCACUCUUGCUAGCUAAUCACAUACAAGAAUUUUGGAAUGCCUUUAAGUAACCCUGGUUGAAAACCAGUGAAUGGUAUUUUGCCUCCUUCUCUCAAGUGCUUUAGUUGCUCGGGAUGGUUGUAGUUAUUUUUUUAUAGAGCAUUCCAUUUUCAUAUAGUGCAACUUAAGCUUCCUUGAUAGUGAUCAAGAGUAUCAGAUCUCUAUAUCCCUGAACAUUCAGACUAGCAGAAUGAAGAAAUGCCUUGCUGACUUACAGAGCAUCUGAAGGAUAGAAGUGGAUAAGUCCAAUGCUUUGUGAGUUAGCACGUUUCAGUCUUUGGCCAUAUUUGGACUCUCGCUGUUGUAGUCAUUCUUUAAUUUCUUAGAAUGUUGUCAUAGCAUUAUCCUCUAUUUACUUCUCACCAGAUAGUUAUGAAGGGGUCGACCUCAGUGCCUACAGAAGAGGGACUGCUUUUAAGUUUCUUCUUACAGCACCCCACGAUUUUAGACCUUUUUUACUUGAUUUGGUGCUACUCUUUUACAACAUCUUUUGAUAAGUAGAUACUGAAUAGGGACAGUGUAUUUCUUGCUGAAUGCCAUGUUCAAGGCUGGCUGCAGCCUCAUUAACUGUGUCUAGACUCUGCAUGUUAUGUGUGAAAGAGGAAUAUUUGUACCCUCAGUGUAAAAAAAGAUGCAGUAAAAACUCUCACGAGGAAGAAUUUCAGAUAUAUUGUGUGUUCACUGUUGUUUCACCUAUAUUCUUGUAUGUGGUUCUUGUGCAAUCGUGGAGGGAGGAUAACAGCGAAUGUAUAUGAACCAAAUUAUUUUAUAAAGAGGAAUGGUAAUAUUUAAAUAUGUAACCAAAUGCUGUUGAGUGUCAUACCAUUUUCUUCUAGACAUUGUAGGUUGUUGACUUAUUGCUUGUUCCCGGGUCCCUGGUUGUUGGGGACUGAAGGAACAGGCCUUCACCAACACAAAUGUAACUUUUUCAAGUCAUCAGUGCAGGAAACACAUUUUCUUUUAAAAUCUAAUAUUUUAAUCUUGCUUUCGAGUGAAG